ACGACCCCAAAAGCCUUGACCCCUGGCAUUCUUAGCGAGCAAAAUGGUUCUUGAACCCUUGCAUACCCUCCCUGUUCUCUUUAGUCGCGCGCCUGGUUCGAAUUUCGAGGAUAAUUCCGGUUUACAUCUCUCGCCAAUUCGUGUUCACCGUCCGUUGGUGACUGCGUAACUCAAAAACGCUUCGGUAUAAUCCGUCAAACUCCAAGAGCAGGAUUCGAGUUAUUGCCGGUAUAUGUAUCCUCUCACCGGCCAGCGAAGAGGGUCUCUCACCUCAGUAAAACGGCAACCGGAAUCGUUCCGGGGGUGAAGGCUUUGAAUACUCCGGUCUUACCUAGAUAUGUCUAUCGUUUAUGCCCGGCUCUCGAUCAUAGGAAGCAGCAAUGACCCCGCGACACCGGCAACCGACCGUAUCGAAACCGACGUAGUACCGCUCACCACCGAAGGAUCUAGGAUAAUCGCCUCGGGUAUAAUCCUGAUUCUCCUUGUGGCAUUAUGUACCGGCCUGCGAUUUUGGAGCCUUCGGCGAAGUGGCCGCGCAUUCAUGGUGGAUGAUGGGUUGUACCUCGGAGCGGUAAUCAUAUUCUACGGCCUUGUAGCCACGGGUUUCUCGAUGGUGCUAGCAGGUGGCGCGGGUCAUCACGUCGGAGAGUUGCAGGAUUGGCACCUGGUGCGACUUUUGAAGGCUAUCUAUGCUGGUCAAUUCUUAUAUGCGAUUUCACUGGGCUUGAUGAAAUUCAGUGCUAUACUGAUGUUGAUACGUAUCUUCUUCGACCGUCGAUUCAAACUCGCUGCCAUAGCCACCAUGGUCUUCACCGUCGCCUGGAUUAUUCUGAGCAUACUCAUCGAGUUUUUAAUAUGUCGACCGGCUGAAAUAAACUGGCAGAUUCGAACGGCUGGUACUUGCGGAGAUCAGAAAGCAGCUUUUGCAGCGAUAAGCCUCAUAAAUGUCAUAAACCAGCUCAUGAUCUUGGCUCUACCUCUACCCAUGAUCCUAAAACUUCAGAUGGAAUGGCGAUACAAAAUAGUCACCAUAUGCAUUUUUAGUAUUGGUAUACUCACAUUACUAUUUGGCGCCCUUCACCUUUCUGCACUUGUACACAUUGACUACAGCGAUAUACCGUACACAAUAGUACAAGCGAGCCUUUACGGGACAUGCGAGGCGGGCAUAGCCAUCAUCAUAUCCAGCUUUCCCCUCCUUCGACCUGUAUUCGAGACGGUGUUCUCAAUGCGUUUAUCCAGGAACACGGGAUGGGAAAGCAAAGGCACCAUUCUCACGCUAUCCAAGACACACAAAAGCACGAAAUCUAGCGGAUUUACUCGUAUGGCCUCCGAGUCGAGAGAAGAGCUCGAGUUGGGUAAUAUGGGCGCGCAUCGAGCCAAACGAGAUACGUACAUCACAGCGGGGAAACGGCCCACGUUCCGUGACGACGACGACAACAGUUCCUUACAGAAGAUCGUGGUGACGAGCGAGACGAUCGUUAGUAGAGUUAAGGGUGAGCUCUAACGUUAAAAUCCGGUGUUUUCGAUUUUCGAGUGGCAAGACAUGGAGGUCUAGGGGGG